CGCUGCCCUCAGCUCCUCGCCGCCCUCGGCUCCUCGCCCUGGCCACCCGGGGCCUGAGCCUCGGUUGCUGAGGCUGCACGCGCGGCCGGGUCGGGGCUGGCGGCGGCGGUGGCGGCGGCGGAGGCUCUGGGGGGGCAUGAGGAGGCGGUGUCGCGCGGAGAAGAUGCUGAGGAGCUGAGGAGAACGCGGACACCGUGCGCGGCGGCCGAGCGCAGCGCCUAGCCUCGCGCGGAAUGGCUCAGCCGGUCGGCCCGGCGGGCGGCGGAGAGCCGCGGGCCGACUUGGCGAGUGGCGAGGGGCCGCCGGAGGCCGGAGCAGCCCGGGGCUCGGAGGACGCGCUGAGCCUGGAAGAGAUCCUGCGGCUCUACAACCAGCCCAUCAACGAGGAGCAGGCGUGGGCCGUGUGCUACCAGUGCUGCGCCUCUCUGCGCGCCGCGGCCGCCCGCCGCCGCCAGCCCCGCCGCCGCGUGCGCUCGGCCGAGCAGAUCCGCGUCUGGAGCGACGGCGCCGUCACCCUGGCGCCCGCCGCCGGCCAAGAGGGAGAGCCGCCCCCCGUGGCAGGUAAAUUGGGAUAUUCACAAUGUACAGAAACAGAGGUUAUUGAAUCUUUGGGAAUUAUUAUUUAUAAAGCAUUGGACUAUGGCUUGAAGGAAAAUGAAGAAAGGGAACUAAGCCCUCCACUAGAGCAGCUUAUUGACCACAUGGCCAACACCGUGGAAGCUGACGGAAGCAACGAUGAAGGCUACGGAGCUGCGGACGAAGGCCUGGAAGAUGAAGACGAUGGAAAGAGGAGAACAUCAGCUGUCCGUUCCUAUCGGGAUGUGAUGAAGUUAUGUGCUGCUCAUCUCCCAGCUGAGUCAGAGGCACCAAAUCAUUACCAGGCAGUAUGCCGGGCACUGUUUGCAGAGACAAUGGAGCUCCAUACAUUUCUGACCAAAAUUAAAAGCGCCAAAGAGAAUCUGAAGAAGAUUCAGGAAAUGGAAAAGAGUGAUGAGUCUAGCACAGACCUGGAGGAACUGAAAAAUGCCGACUGGGCACGUUUCUGGGUACAGGUGAUGAGGGAUUUACGGAAUGGGGUCAAACUUAAGAAGGUUCAGGAGCGACAAUACAACCCGUUGCCCAUUGAGUAUCAGCUAACCCCUUAUGAGAUGCUAAUGGAUGACAUUCGGUGCAAAAGAUACACUUUGCGAAAAGUAAUGGUGAACGGCGAUAUUCCCCCUCGGUUAAAAAAAAGUGCUCAUGAAAUCAUCCUGGACUUCAUCAGAUCAAGACCACCUUUAAAUCCAGCCUCAGCCAGAAAACUGAAACCAACGCCUCCUCGGCCACGGAGCCUCCAUGAAAGAAUAUUAGAAGAAAUUAAAGCAGAAAGAAAGUUAAGGCCCGUCUCACCAGAAGAGAUUAGACGGAGCCGAUUGGCAACGCGGCCACUUAGCAUGUCUUACAGUUUUGACUUGUCAGAUGUCACUACCCCAGAAUCUCCAAAGAAGGUUGUGGAAUCGUCUGUGGUGAAUGGUGCUUUAACAUCGCAAACAAAAGAAAAGGGAUUACCUGCCACUCAGCAGCUGCUUGUGCAGCGUAAGAAGCUCCUCAAAGCCCCAACCCUGGCUGAACUGGACAGCUCUGACUCGGAGGAGGACACUCUGCCCAAGUUGGUGAGCAGCAGCAGCGGCGGCAGCAGCACCAGCACUGGCAGCGGCGGAAGCGGCAAUGGCGUGUCUCCCCCCAACCCUGAGGAGUCCACACCCGGAGCCGUGUGCCCGAGGAAGAAGCCUCCGAAAUUCUUGCCCAUCUCAUCAACACCCCAGCCGGAGAGACGGCAGCCGCCCCAGAGAAGGCAUUCCAUCGAGAAGGAGACACCCACCAACGUGAGACAGUUUCUGCCCCCAUCCCGGCAGAGCUCCCGCUCUCUUGAGGAAUUCUGCUACCCAGUGGAAUGCCUUGCUCUCACUGUGGAGGAAGUCAUGCAUAUUCGUCAGGUCCUGGUGAAGGCAGAACUGGAGAAAUACCAGCAGUAUAAAGAUGUCUACACCGCCCUGAAAAAAGGAAAGCUCUGCUUUUGUUGCCGAACCAGGAGGUUUUCCUUCUUCACUUGGUCUUACACCUGUCAGUUCUGUAAGAGGCCCGUGUGCUCACAGUGUUGCAAAAAGAUGCGGCUACCCUCCAAGCCAUACUCCACGCUUCCUAUCUUUUCAUUGGGACCCUCUACCUUGCAAAGAGGAGAAAGCUGCGUGAGGCCAGAAAAGCCCUCCACCGGCCACCACCGGCCACUUCGGAGCAUCGCCAGGUUCUCCUCAAAAUCCAAGUCUGUGGACAGAUCAGAUGAAGAGCUGCAGUUUCCCAAGGAGCUCAUGGAGGACUGGAGCACCAUGGAAGUGUGCGUAGACUGCAAAAAGUUCAUUUCGGAAAUCAUCAGCUCAAGCCGGCGCAGCCUGGUGCUGGCCAACAAAAGAGCCCGGUUGAAAAGGAAAACACAGUCCUUCUACAUGUCCUCAGCAGGCCCCUCAGAGUACUGCCCUUCCGAGAGGACUAUCAAUGAAAUCUGAGCCUGUGCCUUGCAGCUGCUUUUGUCUCCAGGUUGGCAUUCGUGCGCAAGAACACUGACCCAGACCGGCUCUCCUCCCCGCAGUCUCAUUGAACAGGUGUGAAGUUGCAUUCGAUCUGACUUCUACCGCAAUCGCAUUGUUACACAGACUGCUGUGUCCAUGUCGAUUGAAUCCGUGUGACAGGUCAGCCAGUUGCUCAUUUGCACUGAGAGAGGACGAGAGUUUGAAACUUGCUUCUGUGAAUGUGUGGAUUUGGAAGCCUGACACUUUUUCCUUGGCUCAGUUCUUUAUCCUUCUUCAAACGAUUUCUUGACUAAGGCAAAAAGCUUCUCACGUGAGAAAUCAGUGUGACAGAGGUGUCGAUGUUAGCACAGUUUUAAGCAGUAAGUCAUAUUGGCAUUUCCACAUGACAGUGUUCCUACCUUAUGUACAUAGCAGCCCAGAGCCCUGCCGUACGCCGGGCAGCAGGAGGCGGGCCAGGCUCUUCAUCGCCUCACAGCACAAAACCAACAACCACUCAGCUGGUUUCUGAAUUAUUGUUGCUCUGAGAUUAAAAAAAAAAAAAUGCCUGUGGGACUUCAAGGCUGCGUCCUAGUGCAGGACAUCGCAAUAAGUUGUGUGCCCAUGAGGACGGCCAUUUCCUCUGAGCAGCCAGCGUCCGCCUGGCGCUCUGAUCAGGUGUCUCAUGAGUGGGUGACACUUUGCUUCCCUGUCAUAGACGUACAAUAACGGAUACUAGGAAUUUUAUAAUGGGAGGUCUGGGAGCUAAGUUUUGUAGGAAUUUCAGGACAAGGGAAGGCGACAAACCUGUCAAGCUGUUGAGUGUAUUUUGGUUAACUGUGAGAAGAGCUGGAACAGCAUAGGGUGCCAGGAGGGAAAUGAGCUGGCAUCAGGCAUUUUCAACAUUUUUCACAACUUUAUAGUGAGCCAUCAUGACUAAAUUCAGUCACAAUUUGGUACCUAAAAUCUCAAACUGAAAUUUAUUUUUAUAAAUGAAUUUUGAAAGAAAAAAAAAAUCUAGCUCUUUUGCAAUUAUUCCCCUAAGAAUUAACCUGCUGACAGGCAAAGUUUUUGGCUGCUUUUCGCAACUAGCUUUGCUUACAAAUGACUCAAAUUAAUGAGUUGAGUUUUUGAUGAUGGUAAAUUGAAGGGCAGCUUUGUACACCUGAAAUUUCUGUUUCUUUGACCCAAACCAUGGACUUUAUUAUUUUGAUUAUGCUUGGAAAUGAGCAACCAACUCAAAUUGCCAUGAAUGUUGGAAAAAUCAGACAGUACACAUACACAAUGAUUUCUUGAAAGGCACAGAACACAAAUGCAAUCAACACUGUGACAGCACCAUUUAACAAAAGGCAUGGCAGUCACAUUUCAUACUGCAUCAGAAUACAGUGACAUUUCCUCUUUAAGUUAACGAUAAUACCUCGGAACUGCUCCAGUAAGUAAUUUUUCACGACUUUAAAUUUUAAAUUUAGUAAAUGGCUUUAAAUUACUUAAUGAAAUAAAAUUUAACAGUUGGCUAAAAUAAUGCAUGUUAACAGUCCUUCUAUAUAUGCAUGUAAACAUGGGCCACCCAAGAACCCUUGUCGGUUACAUAAACUCAGUUAAGCUUCCGUUAUAUUCACAACUGUUGUUUAGGAGCUCUAACAAUUAUACCAGGGAAAUGCCAUUUAGAAAAUUCUCUAGGAGACGCCCUGAACUUGAUACUCCAGCCAGCUAGCCACCUCCCUGCUGGCUGCUUGGUUUGACCUUCUCAUGGUUCAGGGAGAAGGUGGUGGCUUGCCUGUGUCUGAUGAUAUGCUACCUGGAGUGAAGUAUGCUUUUUAAAGCAAUGACUAAACCACCCCAGUGAGAAUUUUGUUCACCUUCACAAGAAGAGACUCAGUAAAUUUGUCUUCUUGAGCUUUAUAAUGCGGGGCAAGGUGAUUCUAGCAUUGUGACCCCCCUCUUCACAGGGCAUCAAAUGUGAAUGCCAACAGUGGUAAGGCGCUUUACCAGGUGCAUUAAGGAGAUCAAGUAUGCGGUGUGUCCAUCUGAAACAAUUUGCAAAAAGUAGCCAAGGAAAGGCCUAGGCACAGUUAAAAUUGUAGAGAUUUUAGUUCACAUUAUUUUGGGUGCCAACACAAAGUCUUGCAUUUAAUUUAACCCUGUCUCACCCAUGACACAUACCUGUUCCUCCAUACUCUUGAGUUCGCUCUUCUCCCCAUGAAAUGGGAGUUAACGCAGCUAAAUUCUGAAGUCCUUAGCCUCGUCUGACUUCAGGCAGCACUUUCUGUUCUCACUUAUAACCUGCCUUCGCAGGGUCCCUCUUCUGUCCUGUUCCCUGCUGUUCUGCUCUUACUUCUGCCGGUACCAGCGCCAUGAGUUACCGUGUUGGGAAAUCUGUGCUUCCCUUCCUAUCAGUGUCAGAGUAUGUAGGAAUGUUUGUAAAUACUGUAACAUAUGUAUUAAUAUUUGAAAGGCGCUCGUUCAGUGGACAGUGGGAGUUAACUCUCCCAAGGCAAGUGAAAAUUAAUUUAUAUGUACAUUAACAGUCUUACUAGAUUUUGAGUCUUAAGCCUUUUAAGUUAAACUGAGAAGGCUAUUAAUGUAGGAAUUUUUAAAAUCAUCUUAUGUUUGAAAUGAUUAUGUGAUUAGCAUCAUGAAUGAGUACCAUGAAAUUUUUAAAGCUUUUAUUUUUCUAACUCUACUAAUAAAUAUAGGACCUAAUUUUAGAUGUUCAUACAGAAAACAGAAAGUUUUAAAUUCUGUGCUAAAGCAAACUAGUAGAGUAUUGUGUACAUGCACUGUUGAAGGACCAUGAAGAAGUUUGUCCUACCGACUGGCUUCCUGUGUAUGUCAAGCUCAGGCGUUGCUGGCAUUCAGGGCCACAUGACAGUACUAAAGUGUUUUCCAUUAAACUCUUUUAUUUUAAAAGAAAUUUAUUUAGGGAAGAAUAAAAUGGCUUUC